ACACGGUGGCCGUCUCUUCGGGUGAAAGCUGUCUUCUCUGCGCCACUGGUCCGACAAAACGCUGCUGUAGCACAGCCAGUCCGCACCGACCCAGAGAAGAGCAGACACAGGCGAAAGCACGUACGCACACGGGAAUCUUUUUAUUGUUCGACCGAGUGGUUUAGUAUUCUUUCAAUUGUCCUCCGUGGUGGAACUAGCGUGCUAAGCUAAAGGGGCUAGUUUAAAUAACGGAAACAAACCGACAUCAACUGCCGUAUCAUUUGCAUAUCCACUUCCACUCCUUCCUCAUUUGCAUACAGCAAGAAUGGCGAGCGGGCAUCCCACAGACAAAUUCAGUUUCAUGUAUCAACCAGACACGCACAAGAGCUUACAUCUCUCUCCCUUCCAUAUUCCCCCUGCCCCCUCUACUGCACUGUCUUUUUCUCCCUUUCUCAGUAAGAACAGGUUAGCUUCAGCUAUGAAUCCCGUCUACAGCCCCGUUCAGCCUGGCACCCCGUACGGAAACCCUAAGAACAUGGCCUUUGCAGGCUAUCCAGGAGGGUAUCCCGCAGCGGCUCCCACCUAUACACCCAACCUCUAUCAAACAGGGAGUCCUGGGUAUCCACCAGGAUAUACUUCAGCAGGCACCCAAUACAAAGUGCCCCCCACUCAGUCAAACGGAGCACCCCCUCCUUACACCCCGUCCCCCACCCCGUACCCAACAGCCAUGUACCCCAUCCGCAGUGCCUACCCUCAGCAGAACCUAUACGCACAGGGAGCGUACUAUACCCAGCCGGUGUAUGCGGCUCAGCCACAUGUGAUCCAUCACACCACUGUGGUGCAGCCAAACAGCAUCCCCUCCACAGCCCUCUACCCCGCCCCCGUCCCUGUUCAGGCUCCUCGCAACAACGGCAUGGCUGCCAUGGGGAUGGUAGCUGGGACAACCAUGGCCAUGAGUGCAGGGACCCUGCUGACAACGCCCCAGCACGCCCAGAUUGGAGGACACCCGGUAACUGUGCCAACCUACAGGCCCCAAGGGACACCUGGGUACAGCUACGUACCGCCUCACUGGUAGAGCCCGCCCAUCAUAUCUGGAGUCCACCAUCGUAUGCAACUGCUCAAAUCUUACCCGGGCUCCCACUGGUAACCAUGGGAACUCGGCACCUGUCUGCAAGAACAAAACUAAAGUGCAACAGCCACUUUACUAUUAUUGUUAUUGUUAGUACGCGACAUUCUCUAACGUUUUUACAAAAGCUGCUUUUAUUUUUUUUUUCUCUGAUCAUUUGCCAACCAGUCAUUACCUUAUUUUGUAUGGCUUUUUUAUUCUUUGUUUUAUGUCCUCAAUUUCUUUUUUGAUGUGUUUGUCAUUGGAACUCCAGAAGGACUCUUGACCAAUCACGGGUGUCAGUUGCUCCUGUUUUGUGUUGUGCUGGUGUGUGUGGUCCUUCCUGCUGCUCAGUUGGCUGGAAAAUAUCAGGCACUUAUUCCUCAUUAUCUUCUCCUUCAGUCACUACAAACACUUAUUGACUUAUGCUGCCAAAUUUCUAACAACUAGAUAUCAGCACAGGGUUUUAACAAACUAAGCAUUUGAGUUUUCCGGUUUCUUGAUAUUCUUUCUUGCCUUUUUGUUACUUUCUUCCUCUUUCUUCUUUUAAAAAAAUGUUCUUUGUUCUUCCAGCGCAUAGCUGUCUGUCCGGCAGUAGUCAGUCCAUCACUCCCAUCAUUUAUCUCCGUACGAGUGCUACUAGCAGAGCUCUUACUGACCCAUGCUGCUGUGUGUCCCACUUUGACAACUUUAGCAUGAUACACACAAAGAAAACUUCACCCACUUCAUGCUUCAUACUAUGCAGGCUAGUAUGAUGGGACACUUUCGAAAUUGUAACCUUAGCUGUAGGUCAAUGCAUUUACAAAAUGUAAGAAUAUUUAUAAUGAACCACGUCAGCAGCGUUGGCGGUCGUGCACAGUUACACACACACACACACACACACACACACACACACACACAGGGGCUCCUGUGAUGUGUUGGACACCAUAUGAUCAUUAAGUUGCACUUGCUGUACAAUGUGUUCAGUUCUGUUGUUAAUGAUCAACACACAAAAACAGACACACAUGUCAUGGAUUUCUGAGUGUGCAUGGCUGACAGCAGAGAAGGAGCUUAAAGGGAUUGUAUUGGCGCAAAGAGAGGAGACAAGAUGUGGAGCGUAGACAAAAGGAAGGAGGAGGAGAUCACAUAUUCACAGUCAGCUGUGUUUAUUUCAAGGUACAAGACAUUUGAGUUUGUGUUUCUUACCUGCAAGAGACCACACGACACUGCUAUUUUUGCACUACAUGUUUUGUACAUUGACUCCCCACUGUGACUACUUUGUCUCCUCCUCCCUUUUUUCUUCAAGGUGACAAUUUUAUAACCAAACACUCAAAUAAGUAGACUCUUAAAUAUACAUGAAUUAAAGGACCAGUCAAAUAAAUAUGUGCUGAUAAAUGGAUAUGAUGAAAUUCAUAGUCCAGUGCUGAAAAGACCAAACUAAUGACAUGGGUUGCUGUGCAUGGCUUUUAGGAUGAACUGUCCAAUCCGAAGGCUGUAAUGUGUAAACACCGGGUCCGUGCCAUAGGGACAAUUUGUUAUUGAACUUUGAGGCUGGUGCCAUGUGAUUGGGGAGCGCUGUAGUCAUAAUAUUUCUGGUUUCAUUGUUUGUGGUUACAACAGUUUGAGGACAAAAGGUGCAGAGCCUGGAUGAUGAAGUGUCUCUGCCUCUUAGUUUUAAACCGGUUCAUUCCAGUUGGAUUUCAGACUUUUUAGGAGUCUAUACGAUCUUUGCCGCAAACUUUUUGAAAUAAACACGUAUCUGCUUUUACUGGCAUUUAAACAUAAUCCACCAUUUUUAAUCCAGCGUAAUCUGAGGAUAAUAUUUGAGCCAAUGUGAAAAGGACCAUAUACAGCCUUUUUCUGUUGCCUUUUUUUAAUGCUUAUUCAUGUAAAGGCGUUUAUGUGCAAAAGCAGUAUGGUGACCCAUCUUAACACUACAGUAGUGACCGGUAGGGUUAAAUAUUUAGGCGAGGCGUGUGGCAUUUUUCUGGAUUUACACACAAAAAAGGACUGAAAUCACAACUUCAUAAUCUGUAACGUACAGAUUUUGUUUUGACAAAAGCAUUUACUGCGCAGGUAUGUAGAUGAUGUGGUUUGAUAUUGCAAUAAAAUAAGAGGGAAUGCCUCCAACUGUUCACAUACAGUAAAUAUUUUAUCAGCGUUUGGAAUUGAUUAUUUUUUAAAUGCUUGUUGUAAUCUCUAAUGUGGAUAACAGGCUCUGUAUGCAGUCUCUAUUCAAUAAUAAGAACAGUUAAUGCUAAGAAGAGGUAGAACAUAUCAAACAUUUGGGUAUUGAAUAACUUUGUGAAGAAAUAUUGCACAACUUGAGAAAAAAACAAACUUGAUGACUAUAAUUUAAUGCUAAGUAACAGGUACCUAGGCUUUGUAGUGAAGGAGGGAGGAGCAAUUUAUAUUGUAAUUAAAAUUAAAACAAUAAGAUUGAGUGUUUGAGCUAUUCUUAGUCCAGAUAUUUGUACACUUGUAGGUUAAUUCUCGAGAAAAUAUUGCAUUAUGCCGCUGUCGGAUGAAAAAACGCUUGUAUUUCUGAAGACAUAAAGUGGAUGUUACCAGAUCACAAACAUCUGUGUUUGUAUUCAAACUGAAAAGAAUACGGAAAGUAGGUUUUCUUGCGACGGCAUUAAUGUUACUCGUCAUUAGGAUUUAUUUAACCAACCACUACUAUCAGUAUUUCUAAAUUAAAUUGUUUUUUCUUUCCCUCUGGUAAAUUGAGCAUAAUGGGUAUGCAUAAUAUUCAGGUGUAUUUCACUAUAGCAUUGGAUCUCUUAAGUAAAAAAAAAAAAUGCAGUAUAUUUAUACAGCAAGUGGUACAGUAAUGUAUUUCUAGCUAAGCAUGGUUGCAUCAGUGUGGCAGCUACUGUUUGUGCUUUGAAUAUUUUCCUUUUUUUUUUUUUUACCUGUUCUGCAUCUCUGUCCUCUACAUAUCUAUCACUGAGGAGGGGGAGACGUUUAGAUAAUGUCGGUCAACAAAUUGGAGAGAUUCUUGUCAUCAAAUCCUACAUUUGUUCGACGGUGAAAAGGCUACCACGACGCUUUUGGAGGCCAUCUUUGCUGUCCAUCUCAGUUUUGUGGCUGCAAAGACGUUUUUACUGAUGAAUGGAGACCCUCAACGCCCUUUUUGUUCUGUGCCAUAUCUCAACCAGUAAAUAUUACUUUCAUCUCUCUGCUGAACUUCUUGUUAUGUCUAGCUUCUUGUGAAUCUGUGUUUCCCUAUUACUGUCCUGUUCUUCACCUUGUUGUUGAUGCAUAUUGGCUGUCUCAACUUUCUUACAGUAUCCUUAUGUUUAUCCUACUUUCACUCCCGAGGCCAUUUUGCAUCCCAACCAUUCAAACACUCAGUAUAUCACACUUCAGGGAUGCACAAUGAUGUCCGAUCAUUCGUUCUGCUCCCUUUCAUCUCCACUUUUCCCUUUCUUCUUCAAACCCUCUGCUGUGUCAUGUUUUUCUUCCUUCUGUCCAAACUUUGCAUUCUCCACCACCCCGUCUCUUUAGCAGUCAUAUUGAACUAUAUGAUAGUCUUUAAAUUGGUGAUACUAAUGGCGAUAAUCCAUUGUAAUUUCUGGUAUUUAUUACACCUCCUCUGAGCCUUUUUAUAACACUAGAUGUCGCCAGUGACGAAGACUGGAAGUGGCAUCACCAUGGGUCAAGGCUUUGAGCCAAGAUAUUGAAAUAAUGAUUUAUUGGUGUCCUUUACAUUUAACAAUCACAAUUGGAUGUCAUAAUUUAAGCACUGACAUUUGUUUAGGGGGGCAAUCCUUUCCAAACUUAAUGUUCUUUUCUUCCCCAUAGAUUUUUCUGGAAUGCCAUUUUAGACUUGAUUUCAUAGGAGGGGUUGAUCCUUUUGAGUUGAGCGUUAUUAAGGGAGAGUGCUUCUUUUUUUUUAGGCUGUGGACCAAUCCUCUUAAAAACUGUAACUCUUGUUUUAAUGUGGAGUCCCGUAGAGAGGCAGACACCCAAAGAGCAGGUUCGGUUUUCAGGAUGGUGAAACUGCUUCCUCAUUAACUCCGUUCCUUGCCUCUUCAUUUAUUUCAAUUUGCACUUAAGUAAAAAAGGACAUUUAAACACUUUGAUGUGUUUAGUGGGAGAAAUGCAAAGUUGUCUUAAUAAUGGGUCUUUCAUCAUCUUUUUCUCUGUAUCAUUCUAUCCUCUGUGACAUUUCCAAAUGUUGAAAGACUUUUUUUUGUGUCCUGAACAUUAAAUAACGCUUCUUCACUUUGAUAGUGAAAAUGCGACCAGAACCAUUCAUACCACUUCUCGUCUCCUUCCCUCCCGCCCUCUCUCUUUCUUUGUUUGCCUUGCCGUUGCUAAGUCUUAGUUUUUAAAUUAAAACACUACUAUCAAAGUAAGUAGUAGGCUCUUAAAUGUCUUCGAUGUUCUGCUGCAGCUUUUUUAAUUUCAAUUUGUCUGAGAUAUCUAAGUUUAAUUUCACACUAAAUGUGAUGCAAAAAGUGGAAAUUCCUUGUCUUCCAAAAAAAAAGCAUACUUGUAUCCCCCUCCCCCUGGAUCGAGUAUUAGGAACAAUCCCAUCUUUGGAAGUUUUAGUUUGGUAACCAGUUUGCACAUGCUAUGGUAUAUCUGUUACCGUAAGGUUGUGUUUGAAACUGAAGCCCAACGUCUGUUCAGCGUUGAGAGAAGUGAACUGUAUGUUAGCUAUAUGGUCCAGAGUGAAGGACCAGCGUCAGGCUUGUGAUAUGAAGUGUAAAUCUGUUUUUAUUUUUUGUUUUUUUAUGUUCAUUUUUAUUUUUUAUUUUUUGUUGAGGGUUUUUUUUUUUUUAAGAUCAGUUAGUGAUCUAGUACUAUAACUAAGCCAAGUUUGUAAUUGUAUAUUUACUGUAAAAUGUAGAACAUUGAAUAACUAUUAAAAUUUUCCUAUAAAAGGAA